AUGCACACAUGCAGGUUUAAAGUUCAUAGUAACACUUCUGUUGAUUCUAAUGAAAUGGAAAACCCAAUUGAGGGAAUGUCUGUUCAAGACGAUCAAAAUGAUAAUCAAUCCAGUUCAAUCAAACAGAGUUUAGCAGCAGAGUCAAAAGUAUUAGAUGAUAAUCUAAUUAAAAAAACAAAGUCUUUUUAUAAUAAAGAUGAUGGAGAAGAUCAAGAUGAUGAAUCCAGUGAAUCCAGUUCAAUCAAACGGAGUUUAGCAGCAGAGUCAAAAGUAUUAGAUGAUAAUCUAAUUAAAAAAACAGUCUUUUUAUAAUAAAGAUGAUGGAGAAGAUCAAGGUGAUGAAUCCAUUCAAUCCAGUUCAAUUAAACAAAGUUUAGCAGCAACAGUAGAUGAGGGAGCUGAUAAAACAUGUAAAGAUAAUAUUGCAAGCGGUAAGACAUCGAAACGUUCGUAUCACGAUGGUAAAUCUAAGUCAGAAAUGGAUAAGUCUAGCGAAGAUUAUAAUAAAAAGUACUACCAGGAAUAUAUAACACUUGCUCUAUGGUGUAUAAAAAAACGUCCUGGCGAAGGACUUGAGGAUUUUAAGGAAAGAGGUAAUGAACGUUAUAAUAAAUCUAUACAUAAUAUAUAAAUUUAUGUUUGACGUAUAUUAUAAAAAAUUUUCCUAAUUAUUUACUUAUUUUAUGAUCAUGGUGUCAUCAAACAGAUUAUUUUUUUAGAUUUAUAACGUUGAAUAUUGUUUUAAUUUUAUUUAAUUUAACCCAGUAUAAUAUUUUCAGUAUACUGGACACAUCACCAUAGUGUAAUGAGAUAGUAGAGCACCGCUUAUGAAUUCUUUUCAUUUUUUGAUUUUCCCUAGAGUUUUUUCUAAUAAAUGGAAAAACCAAGACAAUAGGUACAAUAUUAAACAAACAUUGUAAAAGAAAAUAUGUAAUGCACGUGUAAUUAUUUUACCAUAUUAUGGCAUAUAAAUGAGUGAUGUCCCAACAAAAACCCUCCGUCAAGUUAGACAAAUUGUAAUAUCAAAAAGAGAAUAAGUAAUUUCUUAAAUUCAUUAGCAUAGAAAUUGUUUAUAAUUGAUAAAAUAAUAAAGUAAAAUAAAAAUUAUUAACUGUAAACUUAUACAUAAAUAUCAACACUAAAUGAAACUGUUAUACAUUUUAUAUGGGUAAAACAACUAAGAUAUAAAGAGUACCAUUGUGAAAUAAAAUUAAAAAAGACUGCCCCUAACUAAAAUUUCGCCAAACAUGUUGUAGAAAAUAACCAUAGUAUAAACUUUGAUAUUAACACAGACUUAGAGAUAUUAAAUACCCACAAUAACAUUUAAAUCAAUUCAGUUUUAGAAAAAUUACACAUAUACAAUGAAAUAAAGAGAAAAACAUUUUAAUAAUAUUUUAAAUGUAUUAACCGAUUUUAAAAAUAAUAUCUAAUGUCAAUACAUUGUAAAUAAUAAAUAACCCAUUUAAAAUUAUUUCUCCUAUAAAAAAAAAAUAUUUCUACGUAAACCGACUAAUAUUUGUAUAAUAUUUUUCUGUCUAUUAUUCCUUCAUUUCAAUUUUUAUAUUCAGUAACAUUUUACAUUUUGACUGUGAUAUACCUGAUGAUGAAUUCUAAACAGGUCAUAUAAUACACUUAUCAAAAUAAUCUAAAGUAUUUAUUUAUGCAUUUUUAAUUUUUAUAUAUAAAUUGUUGUUUUAUUCAUAUAUUUUUUUUACUAUAUUUGUUUAUAAUUGUUUGUGUCCAAUAAAAAUGUAAAUUUAAUACAAAUAAUUUGACUUAGCUUGGUUGGUUACUAUACCACACAUAGUAUGUACAUAAAUAGUGUUAUGGUAAUAUAUUUUAUAAUGGGGAUGUAAAUAUUCAUAUUGGCAUUGUAUAUUUAUUUGUUGUUGUAAAUAUUAGUGUCCGCCAAGCUAGUUAAAUUAUUUCUAUCAAAUCAUCGCACUUCCUCAAAUAUAGACAAUUUCUAAUGAAUUUAAGAAAUUAAUUAGCCCCUUUUUGAUAUUACAACUUUUCUAACUUGGGUUUUUGUUUUCAUAUAAAGGUUUUUACAGGUAGUUGAUGGAGGGUUUUAAUUGCGCAUAUUCUACUAUUAACCAAACUACGCUCAAAAUCAUUUUUCGUUAGCAGUGGUUUAUCAUACAGAUAUACAUAAAAAAUGUUUCUACUUAUAUACUUCCCAACUUUUCUCUUACAACAGUGGCUGCAUCAUUCUCAAUUAUCCUAGGACACAUUUUUUUUUGUUUUAUCGUAAAAUGACAAUUUGUUAAUAAAACUCGCAUAAACAUUGCGAUUGUAUUUCGGUUUGAAUAUUAAUCUGUAGUUAAUUAAAAAUAGUCUCACGAAGAUAUAACCAUUGUUAUAUGUCUGGAGAUAAUUUGAGAAUAGCAAUUUUAUUGUACUCCGUGAUAGUGUGAAGUACUAUAAUUUUUCAAAAAACUUAAAAUCACAAAUUUAAUGAAAAUAAAAACUAUAAAAUAACCAUUUUCAAAUUUGUUUCAAAACAAUAAAAUAAAGUUAUUUUUUUUUUACAAAACAUUGUUGUAUCACCUAUUCUCUAUUUUUCCUUUAUUUUCAAAAAUUGUGAUUAUUGUAUUUCAAGAUAUGCAUAUUUUAUAACUUAUUAAUAGCUUUAGAUUCAAAAUAUUGAACAUUAUACAUUUGACUAACUUGAUCUGGUUUUAUAAACCAAGUACAAAUCAAUUUUUAACAAUGUAUUUAGUCCCUAUCCUACAAAACAAUAUGUAAUAUUACCGAGUCAAAACGAUUUAAAUGACAAUUUGUUUAAAAAACAAUACAUUUAAUAUAGAAUAUUGUGUUUUAUUUAAUUUUGUUUUUUUAAUUUUUUGCAGUUAAAAAUUCGAAGGAACCAUUGAAAUCACCUCCAACUAAUAUGUCAAUUGAUGAAAAUUUUGAUGAAUUUAUUAAUGGAUUUAUUCGGUUGCACCCAAUACAUAUAUGCACCGAACUCAUGGAUAAAUAA